AUGUCAGCCACGAAUUCAACCCAGCUACUCUUUAACAAUACGGAGCCAACUACCGGUAUAGGAAAGUGGGUUUGCCAUUUUAUGAUAGCAGAAGGAGUCAUUGGUGUCUUGGGAAACCUCUUAGUGUGCUUCGUCAUUUUACGUGUCAAAUUCCUACACACUAUGACAAACUAUCUGCUAGUGAAUUUGGCUGUGGCCGAUAUGCUGUCGUGUCUGAUCUGUAUUUUUAAGGGUCUAAUUUAUAAUGAAGACUGUAAAAUAAUUGACUAUGUGCCAACAACUUUUGGUGGAAAGGUUUUUUCCUGUCGAUUCCUGCAAUCUCACUUUCUUGAGUGGGCUUUGUCGUAUGCAUCUGCUUACAAUCUCUGCGUGGUAACAUUCGAGAGAUACGUUGCUUUAGUGCAUCCACUACAGUAUGCAAGGAAACUCACAGCAACACGGAUGAAAACUCUGAUUGCUCUGAUCUGGGUGAUGUCAUUUCUAUUUCCGUUACCAUUUGUAUUUGUAUUGAAACCCAGCAAUGAUCCAUACCUGGCUUGCUCAAAAAUGGAAUACCAAGACGACACUUUGCAGAUUCUGUUUGGAGUGUACACAUUUUUGUCAUCAUACUUGCUGCCACUUACAUUGAUGAGUUGGGCCUACUACAAGAUACACGUCACUCUCAAAAGACAAGCAAAAGCCCUGAACCUGCAACAUGCAAGGGCAGCAGCCUAUGAUCUUGUGAUUGCUAGACAGCGUCUGGUUAGCAUGCUUACGAUCGUCUUAGGAGCUCUGAUCAUCUUAUGGACGCCGAUUAACACAGCCUUUCUUCUCUGCGCGCAUGGACCAUACAGAGGUCAAAUUCCUUUCUGUGGUUCUCAAGGCUUCAAGUACUUCAAAGAAAUUGUAAACUUUAUGUUUUAUUUCAAUUCAGUCAUUAAUCCCAUCAUCUAUGAGUUUAAAUACAAGAAAUUCCGACAAGGACUCAAGCUAACUUUUUGUUGCUGUCGCAAAAGCCAUGGAGCUAACACAGUUGACACUGCAAUGGUUCCCCAAUGA